AUGAGUUUCGCCUCGGCUGUGGUGCUGCGCCGGCUGGUGGCAGCCUUGAGGAGCCUUGGGUUGAACUGCGCCCUCCCCGUUGGCGGGCAGGAUAGCCGGAUGGAGUUCAUCCUCACAACGUUGUUGCAGCUACAGUACCUCAUAGAGCCUCCACAGUUUGCAUCUGAACGCGAGGGAGGAGAAGGGCAGCCCGAAUUGCCACCUGGGGAAGACGCCAGCCUGGCGAGUGACCCUUGGGAGCGGGCAGCUAUGUCGGCGAGGGUUGGCGUCGCUCUGGAACUGCAGGUCCUCUUCCGCGCAGAGGCGGAUGCGGUCUAUGAGUUGCUGCGCCUCGCUGAAACACUGGCGGAUGCGACGAGGCAGGCAUUACGCGCUGCAGCUGCCAUACCUGCCAGCAGCAACAGUAGCAGGGCGUUGUUGGGGGAGCAGCUGCAUCGGAGUCGCCAAGGCCUGUUGGAUCUGGAGAGGAGCAACGAGGCUCUCGCCUCCCAAGUGCAAGAGCUGAAGGAGAAGAUCCGCGGAGCGGAGCAAAACGCGGAUCGGCUCAACAAGCAGUUGUUGUUGCUGGGGCGUCCUCAGAAUUCUGCCCUUGCGGCUGCUGAGGAACAACAACAGCGUGAAAUGCAGGAACAGCUGCGCCAGCUGUACAUACAAUACGCCCGCAGGUCUGCUGUCUGCGACACACUCACUGCAUCAGUGGAGGCUAUCGCGGGGCGUGCGGAGGCAGCAGCAGCUCAGAACAGGCUUCGCCUCCAGGAAGCCAGGCAGCAGCUCCAGCUGGAACAAUCUGCAGCAGCUUCUGCCACUGACACCCAAACUAACUGUAUGGACACCCUCUGCGGGGGAAUGUCUGAGGAGAUGGGUCUGACCCUGGCCUCCUCUGAGCAACUCUGUACAGAAGGCAGUGAACUCGACCUCGCCGGUUUAUAA